AAGUGCGAAUAGAGAAACCAAGUCAUGGUAUCGAUUAUUUCUCAAUGAACUUUAGUCUCUAUGAACUUUGUAUGGCAUUAACUGGAAUACAAAGUUGGAAUAAGAGAGUGAUAUUUUUAAAACUCGCGACGAAGAGAUUAAAUAGGUGUCUUAUUCUUAACUUUGUUGCAUAGAAUUGUCUUUAAUUGGAUUUUAAUAUUAAUUAAUAAAUAGUUUUGUUUGUUUACAUUCAAACAAGUGGGUUUAUAGCCCAUAGGUAAAUAUGUGGGAGUAAACGUAACAAGGAAUGAAAUGUGAAAGAUAACAAGGCCAUGAGUGACCUAGAGGGUCAGUUUGACACGAAACUCCAUGAGGCCGUGAGAUAUGGUGACCUUGAGGAGGUCAAGGUUGCACUGCAGCAAGGUUACGACCCCAACCUGAUCGGCUUGUACCAGUGGAAUUCUCUACAUGAGGCAGCUCACAAUGGAGAGAAGGAAAUUCUUGAGUUGCUGCUGCAAAAGAAAGGUGAUCCAAACAAGCAGGACUACCUGCGGUCCCGCACUGCAAUGCACUACGCCGCCGAGAAUGGACACGUGGUCUGUCUUCAGAUGCUGGUUGAUGCUGGUGGGAAAUACCAUAUCAAAGAUUCCAGUGGAAAAGAUUGCCUGGACGUUGUCACCCCUGGCGGGAGAAAGAUCCUUGAAAAACUCAGGGCUCGUGACCUGCUACUGAAGGAAGGGGACAUCACCACAGUAUCUGAUGAAGGCAUCUCCAGUGACCAGUCACAGGACGCGAGUUCACUGAUCUGCAGUAGAAAAUCAUCCAUUGACUCCGUAGACUCUCUGAGGGACAAAGGGCCUGGCCUUGGUAAUUUGCAUGUUACCGUGGAGUACCAUUCUGGGAAGGCGACGCUCAAAGUCCGUAUCUGGCAGAUAUCAGACCUGCUUCUUCCACCUCCAAGCACUUCAAUGAUCCAUUCCAUCUAUGUAAAAAGUUACCUCCAGCCUGAUAAGAAGAAGGAUUCCAAACGCAAAACAGAGGAAGUCAAGGUCGACUCCUCUGAAGGUCAUAUCCAUUGGCGACGCCGGAAAACUGUUGCUGUGCAGCAUGUGUUUACUCCAGCAUGUUUCAAGUUUGACAGGGCUCUUGAAUACUCCGGCAUCACUAAUGAACAUAUCAAAGAAAAAAGCAUUCAAAUUGAAGUGUGCAUUACGCAAAGGUAUUCCCAUAGGAGUUUUCUUGUUGGAAUGGUUCGGAUGUCACUAAGGUCAGCAGUGAAAAAGCUAGUUAAGGAGAAAAUACCUUUAAUUCCUUGUAUGAAUCACACAAUUCCAACAAAUAUGAAGGUCUACAGUGCCUCAGAGUUGAGUGUAAUGAAUAACACGCCUGGUGGGGAUAUUUUCUUUAGUUAUCCGAAUGUGAGAAUAGUGCUUCCAGAAGACUCGGAUGAUCGUAGCGAUAAAGCUGCUAGUAACCCAGAUCUUCAAAGAUCACCUUUGCAACUGAACUCUCCCACAGUGGAGGUAGAUAUGGAUAGUCACUAUAGAUUUGUGCAACAAGUCCCAAAAUUAGACCUUAGUAAUAUGGCCCUUGAUGAGAGUGGCUAUUCAAGUGAGUUCCAUGUGUCUAUUCCAAGUGAAAUAGAGAGCCCUGAUUCUAACAGCUCGCAAAGUAACAUCUCAGGUCCUAUUCAUGCUUUUGAGUCAAGUAUAACUCAAACACAAGCAACUGUUGUAAAAAAGACUAAAGCUACUCCUAAUUUAGAGGAUAUUUCUGAAGACAGAGUGCCAAGAGGAAUCAAAAACAACGAAGCAUCUAUUGAGAUAACUGAUCUUGAUGAGGAUAAUUUAGACUCUGUUACUAUUGACACAAAUUUAGAUAUCAAGAAGAAAAGCUCAAAGAAAAAUGCUGUGAAAACAUCCACAAAAGAACAGCAAGAAACUACAGAAAACAUUGAAAUUAAGGUCGAACCAAAGAGUCAUCUUGAUAAAAAAGAUAAGAAGAGAAGGUCAAGAAAAUCUGGCAAAAGAUCUGAUGAAAAUUCUGGUGGAUCAUCAAGGUCCCGGUCUCAAUCACCAGAGUGGGACUUUUAUGACAUUCCAACUGAAGUGGUCACUCAAACUAAUGAACCCAGUGUGUCCCCUUGGAAAGAAGGGGCAGCCCCAGUGAUUUUGCCUAUGGAAACUCAAAUGGGAAUACCUAAUGCAAAGGAGCAGCAAAGUUUACUUGCACAGGAGAAAGAUAAGAGUAUCAGGCGGUCUAAGAAAAAGAGCAGUCAGCCUAUACCGGGCAAGGCUGUACCUGUACAUGUAGUUCCUGCCAUUAUUGUUACUCAACCUUCAAUCAAGGACAAAAAAGGGAAAAAGUCCUCCAAAGUCCUUCAAGAAUCUGCUGUUGUGAAUAUGCCUGAAUCUAAAGAAGUAGUGGAUGAAAUUGAGAUGAGAGAAAUUGUGAUUCAUAACAAAGGUAAAGAUGAAUACAAGAUAAAUGCUGAAAAAACAGGACUAAAGAAAAUAGAACGGAAAGCUUUUGUUAAUGUUGGAAAAGCUUUGAGUUUGAAAACAAAACCUGAAUCAGUUAAACCUAAAGAAAAUGAGACAAAAGAUAAGGCUACUGAUAAAACUGAAAAUGAAUCUAAAGUCUCAAAGUUUAAGUUAAAGUUGCGGAAACUGAGAAAAGGAAAGGACCCAGAACCAAAAAUUACUAUAGAUAAGAAUGUGCCUAGGAUAAGUGAUAUUGUAACAGAGACAGACUUGACUAGUGUAAUAGUGGAUAAAUCAAGUGUAUCAGAUUUGAACCAGUCUGGAACAGGAAAUGAACAGGAGACUGGUUCUUCUGUAGUCUUAGACAUGGAGAAGCUUGUAUAUCAAUCUUCUGGAGCACAUGUUGUGGAACUGAUUGAAGAUGACAUCAGCAUUACUGAACUUGGUGAUAACGGUCAACUUUUCACAGACCGAUCAGAGGCGCCAUCUUUAAUGGCUUUUUCUGACCUAGAGAGUGGAUUUGGGGACUACCAUUUACCUGAAUGUAAGUCUCCAACCAAUUACAUGGUCCCAAUGCAGGUUUAUGACCCUGAUGAUACAAGUUGUGAUGAAUCCCUCGCUUUUGAGCAUGAAAACUGCCGUAUUCCUACAACUGAAUUGUAGCAGUAUUUCCAUAACAUCAAAAUGUGUUGUUUGUAAGACAAAAACUAAGUUUUUUUAAAGUUACUACAAAGUUUAUAAAUAAUUUGUAUGCAAGGUUUAUUUUUUGUGAAUUAAAUGUUAAGGUUUGAAAAGAUUAUGCAAAAUGUAUGGUAAUUUUUUUAAAUUUAAUUACAUUGAUAUAUUUUCUCAGGAUUUCUGAGGUGCAUAACAAUGCUUAAGACAAUCAAAUUAAAUGGCAGGGAAAGCUGUCUCUGUAUGUUUUAUAUGUAUGUGUCUGUUAACUUUUAUAUGGGGAAUGGCAGUUAUAUCCUCUACAUAAUAUAUAUCAAUGUUUUCAUCAUUUAUGAAGCAUAGCUCUCUUAUAAGGAUACAUGUAGCUGUAAAACUGAAUAACCAAAUGACUUGUUUGCUAUCAGCUCUUGAGAGAAUGGUUCUAACUAACUUGUAUUAACUAAAUCAUAGUGAAAUACUGUUGGAUAUAUAGUUAUAUAUUUGAUAUUUGUUUAAGCAUUAAUAUAAUUUUUUAACCUGUGGAUAGUAUCCUUUAUUAUUAAUAUACUUUUCCGUAGAUCGGAACGUAGGCCAUAGAUUACUACUACUACAAUGUAUGUUAUUUUUUUACUUAAUGCAUUUAGAUUGCAUUUCAUUUAAUUGAUUACUUACUAUUCCGCUAAUUGUAUGUUAAUUGUUUUUGCGGAAGUGUUCUGAAUAUUUCAAAAAUAAGAAAUAGGUUCUAAUUUUGGUCUGCUUUUUGGAAUCUCUGUCAAAAUAAAAACCCUCUGGCUUGUUUAUAGAAUAAUCUAUCUAUUGAUAAUGUUCCAAUUGUUGUUUAAGUAUUCGAGGUCUCUCACAGAGCCAAGAUCUUAAAGACUAGUGGUACAAUUAUCGGUUAUAAGGUCACCCAACUGUACAAUAGUCUUUAUAACUUCUUGCCAAUAUUAUGUUAUCAUUUCUAUUUAUCCACUAUCCUAUAUAUCUCACAUUUUUGUGGCUAAGGCCUUAAAAAAAUAAACCUGGUUUUUGGGUAACCAGACCCUGAGUGGGGUUUUUUGAUAAAAAAUAAUCUGAUUUUCCAAUUUUCAGUUGUUGUUGACCAUUUGUGUUGAAUACAAUUAAAAGCAUAAAGUAUUAAUUAUUUAUACAUAAUAUACCGAAAUGACAUGGUUAGCAUUCAUGACUAGCUUUGCUUUUUAUUGGACUUAAAAACAAAACAAAAAAAACCUGGUUCCCCAACCAUAUCUAGCAUUUUUGAGACCAUUGCCCAAAACUCAGAUAUAUUUUUGUGUUGAGGCCUUACAAUUGAAUCUAGAUUGCAUUUGAAAUCUUGUCAAGGAAUUUUGUAAUUUUCCCUUUGUGUAAAAGUAAUUAUUGUGAAUUGAAUUGUUCGGUUUAAACUGAUUAAACUGGUAAACAGGAUUGGCUUUAAUAAAUGAUUAAGGAACUUAAUAUAUCCAUUCUCUUCUUUAGAAACCAAUAUAUUCAGCAUACACUUCAGUCAAUUUAUUGAAUAUAAAUUUUAGAUUAUUUUCAAACUUGUUUGAGAAGAGAUUUGUUUUAUUUGAAUACUGCUGUUGAAUAUUUCUGUUAGAUACAUUAUUUAUAGGGUAGAAAUUGAUUUGGCAUUAAGUUUCUCGUGCGAUGUCAUAUUUACAUUAUUCUCAUGCCUCAAUUAUUAGAGAUUAUGACAUAGAAAUAGUAAUUUGAGUAUUUUAAUAGCGCUAUAUAAAAGUGUGGUCAUAUUACAUGUGUGUUUGCACUGUUUACAAAUGUCAUGGUGACUUCAAAAUACAGACAGUGUACAUAAAACAUUAUUUAUUUAUUUAUUUACAUUUAGCUUAGAUUCAGACUGAAGUCCUUUUUUGUAUAAAAUUGCAGCUUAUGAUCUUUUCUUAAGUAUAAAUUUUAAAGGGACUAGACACCAUUGUCCAAUAAUCAGAAAAUACAGUAUUUCCCAGGACAAGCCUAGAAUUGUCAAUAUGAGCUAGUAUGAUGCUGAUAAUGCAUCAUUUUACAUGAUUAAAAGAAUAUUUUGUCACUGUCUAUCUGAGUUUACCUGUGAAAAAAAUGUCAAGUGAUUAGUAAAGAUGAAUAAACUGAUACUAUUUCUUAAUUUAUUUGAUUUGUGUAGAUGACAGACCCAGUAAAAUUGAAAAAUACGCAAAAACUGUGAAAGAUGCCUGUGUCGUAAACGAUGUGAUACAUCAGUAAGUAAGAUUCAAUGCGAUGUACACAGGGAUGUCAAUUUUAUCUAAGUUUCUUACUAUUUUCCUAUUAUUUUACAGUGGCAUCAUCUGGUGUCUAAUCCCUUUAAAAUUUAAAGUUUCCUGAAAUAUAAAGAUUUUCUUUAAACAAAAAUAUGUGUAUCUUGUUUGAACUCUUCACAGGGUCACAAUAAAAUAAUUCUAAUUUAGUACUUAGAAUUUAUGUUUUAAGGAACAUUAAUUUCCAUGUAUAACAUGGUCGCAUGCAUUUUUCAUAAACCAUGGCUCAUUUCAGAAUUGAUCAUUUCAGAUCUGACCUACGUGUAAUUAAGAGCAGUCCUCUGUUUUGCUACGUUAACACUUUUACUUAUCAGUUGUUUUAAUUAUGCAUAGAGAUAUUUCUUUGUAAUGUGAUUUACUGCAGAAUAUUUGAACACUCCGUGUAUUCAUUGGCCGCAUAUUUCCAGACUAACUUAUUACUGUGAUAAAUGGGUAAUUUUUCAAAUUCCAGAGGACUGCUGAUAUCAAGAGAGUAGUUAAAUAUAGCUGACAAGUUUAUACAGUGCAAUUAUAUAUAGCUUAAAGUACUUCCCUAUAACAAAUGUCAAUUUAAAAGAUCUAUGAUUCAAGUAAGUUCUAUGACCAAAAUAAUUUUUUGAGUCCCAACAAAUGAAUGCAAUUAUAUGUAUUUAGGAUUUAUCAAUAAUAAUGUAAGCUUGUGCUGCUUUUAAAGCUUUACUCUCACAGAUUGACCAUUUUGACAACUUGGAAUGAGUCAAUUUAGCUUAAUUGUCUUGGAACAAGUGAUAUAAGACUGCUGACAAUUAAAAGAUCAGAUUGCAGUUUUUCAAAUUUUAAUAUUGAAAACGAGUUUUAAGGCAGCUUUCCAAACAGUUUAGAUCUGUUCUAUUAGGAGUUAUCUUAUAUGACUGAAUUGAAGGUGUUGAUGAAAAAAUGCAAUGAUUCUGAGUCAAAAAUUGAAAUAAAAGUCAUAACUGUCAAUCUGUGAGAGUGCAGCUUUAAGAAAAACAGUACUGGUACAGCAUUGUAUAAUUAUGUUUGGUGGCAUAAUUAUAGAUGUCAUUCAAAAAUACAAAUGUUGACUUCACCAUGAAAAUUGUUCAAGAUGUUCUCAUCAAACUUGGUCCCCAUAGUUACAACGACAAAACACAUCUGUGUGGCAAGUCACAUCAUUAUUGGUGAAAUAUCUGUUGAGUUGUGGUCCCUGAUCAAACGAAAAAUACAAGCAUGCCUUCAAUUUAGAACAUAAUCAAACUAAAGCAACAUUUACUUUUGUACCGGUAUUCAUAAUUUUUAUACAUCUUCAAAACAAAUCAAAAGUGGAAAGUCAUGUUUUUACUAGAAUGUAGGAAGUGAAUUUCUGUUUUAAAAUGGCUGUAAUAAUAUAUCAGGAUUAAUAUAUUGACAUUUUACUUUUUCAUGUGUAUUAAUGUAGUUAAAUUAAUAUAAGUAAAACCAUAUUUACAGGGAUAAUGCUUUUGUUUAACCCUUGGCAUGCUGGGUAAAUUGUCGUCUGCUCAAAAAUGUCGUCUGGUUUAUUCUAAAUUUCUUUCAAUUUACUUAAAACUUUGGGGAUAUAUUGACUGAGUGGCAAACAGCUUGGAACCUGUCCAGGCGCCGAGUUACUCGGUGUCUGGUCUGGUUCCAAGCUGUUUGCAAAGCCUUUAAAAUCGCCAUCAGCAGCCUAAGGGUUAAUUUUACCUUGAAAAAUUCCUGCUCCUAACAGUUUGAAAUAUUGUGAUGUUGAAUUAGCGUUUGUUAUCAUCGAAGGGUAUUUUUUAUGUCCAUGUUAUGUUUUUCUACCUCAAUGUAAAUUAAGAAAGGUGUAUAGUUGUAAGAUACCUCUUUUGUACAGAUGUAACUAACACACAGUUUUUGUGGCACAAUUAAUUAUCAUAAUAUAAGGUUAGUUAGUACAUUUGAUUUUUUCACAUUAUAUUAUACUAAUUUCUAUUACUAGCUUUAUUUAUAUGAUUCUCCUAUGAAUAUAUUGAAUUUUACUUCUAAAUUGUAUGCAUAUUGUUUUAUCUUUAUUAAUGAAAUGUCCUGCAAUUCGUAUAAUGUCAAUUUGUGUACAUUGCAAAACUAUUUUUGAGAUUUAUUAUCAUGUCUUCCAAGAGAAUAAUAUUAUGAGGCCCAUCCAAGAAAAAUAAUAUGACAAAAUCAGAGAGGGCAAAUAUUUUUUUGCAAUUUGUUAAUAUUCUUAGUAUCCUACUCCCCAAACUAUAGAAUGCUUGUCAAAGUACAAAUAAAUUCUAAUUUCAAGUAAAGAUAUUGUGCAUAUGGUGGCAAUAUUUUUUGUCAAAUUUAUCAAGUCAAUAUCAUUGUCUAUUUUACUGAUCCUGGAUGGGCUGUUUUAUGAUGCAAAUUAUUAUUACGGUAGUGACCCUGUUUCAUAAAUCAUGUGCUAUCAGAAAUCUUCUUUUUUAUUGAAAGAACCUGCAUUUAAUAUGUGUUGUGUGUUAACCAAAGACUAUUCAUUCUGUCUAUGUCUCCAUUUUCAAUUGCUCAUUCUCUGGGUGCCAUCAAUUUAUUCAUUCUCCGUCUUAAAUGGUAGUCUGUAUUGAUUUAAUAAUUACAGCAAGUUUUGUUGAUAACGGUUUAUGGCACUUGUCUGUUCCUUAACAGAGAAACACUGAAAGAAAGAAAUUCUUCAAUAUUUUAAGAAGAAUGUUAUCUUUAUAGACCAGACUUUCACUUUAUGCAUGUUUCUUCCUAGAUAUACGUUUAUUUAAAGGUAUCUACAAUUAUGUGGAUUUUAGAUGCCUUGUGAUCCCAUAUUAUUUUUGUAUCAUUUGAAAGGAUUUUGUGAGUAGAAAAAGAAUGUGUAAAACUCAUACAGAAGUCAAUUAUAUAACACAUUGAUAACUUAUCCAUAGGUUAUUUUUUGGUUAGUAAAAUUGGCAAAUUUACGUCAUUUGAUUGGUGCAUAGUGAUAAAGGGAUACAUAUUGACCAAAUGGCAAAUAGGAGAUAUUACAAAUGAACCUUUUUGGCUCUUAAAGAUUGUAAAAUAGGUAAUUUUCAUAAUGUCUGCUUUCUGAGUGAGUUGACAUAACAUUUGAAAUACAAACUGCAAUUAAAUUUAUAUGUAAUGUAGUUAUUUUUUUUAGUGUAUCAUUUUACAUAUUACGAAACAGGAAGCGUUGAAAUGAUAACAAACCCUGACCCUAUGAUAACAAAAUUAUAUGUGGUAACCUGGCAUCAAAAUUUAACAUUACUGCCAUUGCAAAAUGGCAUGAUUAAAUAAAAAACUUAUUUGUAUAAUGAAUACCUGUCCCUAAUAUAAUUGAAAUAAUUAGAUAAUUCAUUUUCAAUGCUUUUUCCUUCAAUAUCUAAAUGAAGAGUCUGGAAUGUGAAACUGAAGGAAGUGAAAAUGAAGGUUUUCACAGUUUCAUUGGACUGUUAAUUGUUUUCCUUGCUUCCGAUAAUUUCUUUUGUAAGGUGUUGAUGAAAUAGGAUGUUUCUGCUAAUAGACAUCUCUCAGUUUUUGCUCAAACAACAAUGUUCGAUAAUUGAACUACACAGACUUAUUAACAUUCUGCCGUUAACUUAAAUUGUAACUUAUCAUGUUAGUUCAUGCUUUGGGAUCAUGCUGUAGAUCGGAACUCAAGAGGGUGGUUCACAGUAUGCAGUAUGCACAAUAUAA